AUGUCCCAAUCACUAGUCAUGGUCCUCAAGGAUUAUCUCUCACCACUUCUCCUUCUAAUCUCCAUCACCUGGAUUUUCACCCUCAUCAUCCUAAACUCCAGGGCCCGAAAGCCCUCAAACCUCCCUCCCGGCCCGUUUCCCCUCCCGAUAAUCGGCAACAUCCUUCUCCUCGGCCCGAAACCCCACCAAUCACUCGCCAAGCUCUCCCGAGAGUACGGGCCCGUGAUGUCCCUCAAGCUCGGAACCAUAACAACGAUCGUCAUAUCCUCGCCGAAAGCCGCCCGAUCCGUGCUCCAGAAACACGACCUCGCAUUUUCCAGCCGGAAAAUCCCGGUCGGCGGUGAAACCCUUGGUCACGACGUGUUCUCCAUGGUGUGGCAUCCGGUGGACGAGCAGUGGCGCAAGCUCCGCAAGAUAUGCCGGGAGCAGAUGUUCUCGGGUCCACGGCUCGAUUCGGGCCAGGGCCCGAGGAGGGAGAAGCUGGGCCAGCUACGUGGGUAUGUGAAGUCGUGCCGUGAUUCAGGCCGGGCCGUGGACGUGGGGGAGGCCGCGUUCACGACGGCCCUGAACCUGAUGUCGGCGACCCUGUUUUCCGAGGAGUUUGUCGGGUUCGGGUCGGGCUCGUCGCGUGAGAUCCGGGAUGUUGUCUGGGGGGUGAUGCGGGCAGUGGGGAGGCCGAAUUUGGCGGAUUUCUUCCCGGUUCUGAAACGGGUCGACCCACAAGGGAUCCGGAGGGACGCGGAGUACUAUUUCGGUCGGCUGUUUGAGAUUUUUGAUAGGAUUAUUGAUGACAAGCUGAGGUGUAGAGGAGAUAAUAUCAAGGAUGACUUGUUGGAGGCCCUUAUUGAGCUUCAUCUCAAGGGUGAAUUGAGCAGAGAUGAUAUUAAGCAUCUCUUACUGGACUUAUUCACAGCUGGGACGGACACCUCAUCAAGUACAGUUGAAUGGGCAAUGGCGGAGCUUUUGCGCAAUCCAUCCAAACUAUCCACACUCAGAAACGAAAUAAAUGACGUCAUCAAUGGAGUCGAAAACGACGAAGAAUCGGUCCAAGAACCGGACAUCCCUCGACUCCCAUACUUACAAGCCGUGGUUAAGGAGACUCUUAGACUUCAUCCGCCGGGACCUUUCUUGGUCCCCCACAAGGCCAAUGCCGAUGUGGAGGUAAUUGACUAUAUUGUCCCUAAGGAUGCCCAAGUCCUGGUCAACGUUUGGGCUUCCGGCCGGGACCCCAACGUGUGGCCCGAUGCGGAAGUCUUCUCGCCCGAGCGGUUUUUGGGCCGUGAUGUGGACUACAGAGGGAAGGAUUUCGAGCUGAUACCGUUUGGGGCCGGGAGGAGGAUAUGUCCCGGUUUGCCCCUCGCGCAUAGGAUGAUUCAUCUCAUGCUUGCCACGCUGGUCGGGGGUUUCGAGUGGCGGAUUGAAGGAGGAGUAGAAUCGGAAGUUCUUGAUAUGGAGGAGAAGUUUGGGCUCACGCUGCAGAAAGCCGUGCCUCUUAGGGCGGUCCCAGUGGCGUAG